CGGGAGGUGGGGGGGGAAACGAAGUAGGUUUGAGCUGUGGCCGGUUUUAGGCGUACUGAUGUCAGACAGAGGAAGAAUGAAAGCUGAUGUACUGUAGCUGACAAAACUGUCUGGAAAAUGUCGCUCCAAGAAACUGGAGAGACAUCCUCCCUGUUUUCUGUGAAUGGAGUUAAGGGACGGAUGAAAGAAAAGAAACAUGGUGUUUUAAAGACAUCAAAACUGAAUGUUUCUCUUGCAUCCAAGAUCAGAGCCAAAACAAUAAACAACUCCUCUAUCAUUAAGAUCACCCUCAAGCAGAACAACAAAGCCUUGGCCCUGGCUCUCAGCGCUGCAAAGAUAGCGGCUCAAAGGCUCACAGAUGACAAGAUGAUCCUGCAGAAAGAGGUGGAGCUGUGCCACUUUGAAAAUGCUUGCCUGCGUCAAAAGCUCUCCUCCGUGAACAAAUGUGUAGGUGAACUGCAGCAACUUAUGAACAGACAUUUGCAAGCUGCUUUGAAGCUGAGCAGAUUUUCUGAGAACAUGUCAUCCUCUUCAUUACUGAACGACGAGGAACAUCACUGGACUGAUAGUAUUGCAGGCAACCAGGAUGGUGUCAACUGCCUUUCUCAAGCUGCACCGAAAUCUCUGAGAAUCCCCCUCUCUCAUGUGGAUGACGAUGACAAUGAACAGGAUAGAGGCUUAGGAAUGGCCACAGUCCCAAGCUUGCCAAUGCGCCCUUCAGGUGUGGCAGCUUUUGGUUUGGGCAAGUCUUGGGACAGUGUGCCUCCUGCUACUGCAGAAAAGCCCUUUUCUUCUUGUCACAAAGAGUCAUUAGCAAGCAGUGGAAAUCAUGUUCAAAUGUUAAGUGAAGAGGAUGGCACCACCUUGGCACUUGACUUGAGCAGAGUGUUUGCAGACAAUCUUCCGAGCGCACUACAAAAUUCCAGAAGCUGCUCACUGUCUGCCCUCAGCCGAGGUUCCCGCAUGGAGCAAGACAAAGACAUUGCCAGGCCAUGCAGCGACAGUGUGGUGUUACCACAUGAGCAUGUAACACAGAGAAAGAAGCGCAGAACAGGAUUAUCUGAUACAUCUGGUGGUAGCAAUUGUCAGGUGGAACCAUCAGAUAACGUGUUACUUGAUGACCUGCAAGGGCCAAUGGAAAUAGAAUCUACUGCUAAAAAGAAACUUGAAGUCAGUCAAGUUGGUGAGCUUCUUACCCUGAGCUCCAAAAAUAAAAACUAUAGAAAGAUCAAAGCUAAUGAAGCCAAAGCUCUAAAGAAAGUGAGUGCUGGAACAAAAGAUAACCAGGAAAAAAGAAAUGUUGAUAGUUACAACGAUGCUCUGAGACCACCCGAAACUGACAGACUGAAUAACAGCAAGAUAAAAACCCCUAAGAGUGCAUGGUUUGCUGAAGAUUCAAGGCAAACGGAUCCUCUGGAAGAAACAGUGGCACUAGAUGGCUGCAGUCGGAAGGAGGAGCAUAGUUCCAAACACUUUGAUGGGAUCACAGUUUGCAGAAGAUCCUCUGUGGUGAAUCCAAGCCACGUAAAUGACUGCAAUCCUUUGAGAACAUUCUUGGAGAAAAAGAAGAAUAUAGAAAUUCAUUUCCAAAAUCCGGAGACUACCACUUUAUGCAAUCAAUUUCAACAAGAUGAGAUGAGCAGUGGCCACAGAGGGCAGCGUUUGUCGUGUUCUAAUAAAACCAGAGGCAUCAGAAGGACAUACGUGAUAGAUCCAGGAUCCCAGCAGCAUAAGAAUGAUUGCAGCCCCUCUGCACAUGAAACGAAAAGAAAUAAACAUUUGGAAGACUUAGAGGAGCUGAGCAGCUUGUUUCCAAAUUCACAGUCAAGCUUGUUAAACAGUAAGGCACCUCUUCGUGCUUUUAGUCCACAACACUUAACUGAUAUCCAAAAGGAAAUUCCUAACCAAGAAACAACUCUGGGGCUGAAUGUGAAGCGCAUCAAAUCAAAGAGAAAGACUCAAGAACUUGAUAUGGUGCCUACGUUUGGUGAGACAGAGGGAGAAUGCUUUGAUGUUAACAUGCAUUCCCAUACUCAGCCAGAAGAAAGUAAAGUGAAGAAAGGUCACAAAAGCAAAGCAGCAAAAACAGGAAAGGGUGACACACAGAGAGAGCAUUGCAGAACCAGCGUUGAGUUAUUUGAGCCGAUGGAAAAUGCUUCGAGAGUCAAAAAAAGGAAAACUAAUUUGAGAAUGAGCACAGUGACCCCGAGUCAAACAAAUGCAAUCACUCUAGAAAGCAUGAUGCCAGCACCUCCAGUUUCCAUGGAUGAUGAUGAUGAUUCUUUUGAUGAUAUAGUGAGGAAUUCAACUAAGAAACCACAAAGGGUUCAGAGAUCCUCAGGCACUCAGAGCACCAUUUAUUUGAAUCAAACAAAUAGCAGCUCCUCACAAAAUGUAUAUCUGGGUGGGAGCAGCCAGGCGAAAGAUGUAAAGAAACGGGUAGAUGCCAAGUCAAAGUUAAACAAGAGAACAACCUACACUAUAAAAAACCUAUCAGAAGUGUGUGUUGCUUCCAGUUCUUCUUUACCAAGUCCAGAGGAAGGGAAAACCAGCCAAGAGGAUCAGCUAGGGUGGAACUUUCUCCGGGUUCCAGCUUCUAGGACUCAGCAAGAGGUGCUGACUGGGAAUGUGAUUGAGGCUCCAUCCCAGUUUGUUUCCGUGGCCACAGGCCCCAGCAUUCCCAGGUCUUCUGCUGUGGACUCUACUGAGACCAUAUUGCCAGAUUCCUGUCCUUCUGGGCACUCGCUUUCUGUGCUUGGAAAUACUAAAAGUAAUUCAAACCCUGGAAGAAACUCGACUUUGUCUCCAACCUCAGCAACUUUCAAGAAAAACUACACCAAGCGGGUGGUUUCUGGUAGAGGACGGAAAAAGACAGUGUUAGCAACUCCUGAAAAAGCCUUACAAGACCCAACAUCCCAAGGAAAUGAGAACAACGUUCUGAAAGAUGUGACUAAUGCCAACCCACAUUCCCAUAGUUCCGUCUCCCCUGAAGCGUCACCAGUGCUUCCAAGCAGACGGAGAAACAAGGCAGUUUCCUAUGCAGAACCCAAGCUGAACAGCAAGCUGAGACGUGGUGACCCAUAUACAGUUACAGACUUCCUUAGAUCCCCUAUCUACAAAACUAAGAGAAAGAAGAUGUCUAAAACAUCUGAGACAUCCAGGAAAAGCAAGAAAAUCAAACAGGAGGAAAUUCAGCCCACUAUAGAUUUCAUAGCUGCUUCUUAGUUUCCCGUAUGUUUUUGUUGCUUGCUGUUUAACUAGGUGUAUCUGUAUUUUGGGUAUAAUUUUUAUAAAAACACUUCAAAAUAAAACUUUUGGAAAUAUUA